AUGGCUGAUGAAACCACCCGCUGGAGGCAAAGGCUUCCUUACUUUCAAAAAGAUGUAGAAUGGGAAUUGAUAGGAUUUUUACAAUGGAGCAUAGUACAAUAUACAGGCGAUUUCGGUGACAAAGAAGAGGAGAACAGGAGAUACAAUAUUUGCCUUGAAGAAAUUAUAAAAAUCCUCAAUUACUGGAGCCUUACAACAACUAUGAGGCAAGCGCGCCUAUGUUCUCCCGUCACAAACGCUGAAAGUGCUAGAUGGCUAGGUCGGGUCCGAAUGUUUGGUCUAGUCGAGUCUAGGGCCACAAACGCUGAAAGUGCUAGUGGAAUAAUAGUUUUGAAGUGGAAGUCAGGAGGAGAAAUAUUCGUAGAUGCAGAAAAUAAUCCGUUUUAUGUAUCCGAACAAGAUUCGAACAAUGCAACAACUAGCAAACCUGUAAUAGUUUUGAAGCAAAAGUCGGGCGAUGGAGAAAUAUUUGUAGAUGCAGACAAUAAUCUGGAUAUAUUAAGUGAAAAAACUGAAUUGUUGGAACAUAAAAAGACAAAAACAGAUAAUAGCAAAACUUCUUCAGAAUUGUCUUAUUCUUGUAUAGUGCCUGAAGAUGAAGAUAUAAAGUUUAACUUUACGAUUGGUGCAAUAAAUGCAUUGCAGAGAUUCAAAAAAUUCCAGAUAGAAUCACUUGAGAAAGCAAAGGCUAAAGGACUGAAAUGGAGUGAUUUUACCGAAAUUUUAGUACUUUUAUCAAUAAUAAUUUUGACUUUUUCCUGUUCUUAUCCUACUCAUAUUUUCACUAAACGAGAAUGGCAAAUGAUUAUGUGCAAGAAUCCUUAUUUGCCAACUGAUCCAGUACUGCUAUCAGAAGUUUUAUCCUCUUUAUGGAAUGCAUUGGCUGAUAUUUUGGGUAACAAUGUUUUUUUUAUCUUUAAGCAAUUUUGA